CUGGGUUACUUUGUGGUUGGUUGUUGUGGGGGGAUUAAUACGCUACGAGCCAAGGUAGCCUAUUGUGUGUUGUUCCAUUGUGUGAUGUUUAGUGUGAUCGCGACCAUUAGUGAGAGUGCUGUGUGUGUUGGUCAGGUCUCACCAAUGUCCCGUGGGUUGGCUUAAUAACAGUCCGUAGUCGUGCGGUGUAUUGGGACGCGGAACUGUAUAAUUGCUUAUCGUGGUCACCACCCAUCUCGUGCUGCUCGCGCUUCCGUGCUGCUCGCCCCGUAUUCUUUAUAAUACAGAUUUGUGGGCAGUCCCAGUCGAACCGAAACAGCUCUACCGGAAACCAGCUGACACACAACACCCAACGACCCAACCUAGAUGCCGCAUCGUACACGACUUCAAUUAUUUGAGAUGCAAGAUGAAGAGAUAGCAGAACAGUGAGCGUCCAGGCCAAGUGCGGCACAGACAUUUCCAGUCUUCCAGUUGUGUCCACCACACAACGUAGCUGACAUCGAACUCAAACACCUUGGUUGCUGCAACUUCCUGAUGAUUCAAACUGGAAUAAACAUUGGACAUCUUCGUCCAAUUUUCUUUGAACAUUUAGUUUGGCUAAUAUUCAUUGCCAUUACUAAUAUAUCAGCAGGAUGUCCCUCGGAUGAAUAUCCAAUAAUGCAUCAUGAGUGUUGUCCUAAUUGCCAAACUGGCCAAUAUGUUUCUCAGGACUGUACUCUGAGAAAGUACACAGUGUGUCUGCCGUGUAGCGAAGGUACUUUCAACAAUGGAUCGAAUGGGCUUAAACAAUGCUUUCCUUGCACAGACUGUGCUUCAGGUCUCGGCUUUAAGCUGAAGAAGCAGUGUACAACCACAUCAGAUGCUCUGUGUGAGGUACUGGACGGCUACUUCUGUAAGGACUCAGUGAGGGGUGGAUGUAUGGCAGUUCAGAGACACAAGGAUUGCAGUCCUGGCCAAUACAUCAGCCAAAGAGGAACAGCUUCUCAAGACACAGUGUGCCUUAAUUGCAACCAUGGAACAUUCUCAAAUGCCAACUCAACAUAUUGCCGGCCCCACAAAAUAUGUGAACAUCUGGGACUGGAGCAGAUGAAACCAGGAAGUGAUUCCACAGAUUCUGAAUGUAGUUCAUUCAAAGGCGGGGAUAAAAGUGUUUGGGAGGUAUUAGGAAUACUAGUAGCUGGAACACUAAUUCAAGUAGUGGCAAUCUUCGUCCUGAUGCUAUGUCUAUAUAUUUAUAUAAGUUGUUUACCACACGUUGAAUGCCUGGAUGCCUCUACGUUAAGUAUUUUGUGUGAGGUGGUUGAAUGAUUCCAGUGGUGCUAGUUAUCCAGGUCUGCACCACUUUUUUAAGUAAAACUGAAUGAUGGUGCUACAUUUCAUUGGAAAGAGCCUGGGGGAGACUAACAUUUUGGCCAGCCAAUUGGGUGGGACUUGAGAUGGGGCGGAUUGGUCAUGACCAGUGUCUAAGGGCAGCUCAAUGCUGCUAGUUUGAAUUCAGCAAUUCAUUCGCUCAGACUUAAUUGGUGCUGACGAUUUUUCUACAUUA